GCCGUUGGCCUCGGCUGAGGUGAAGGCCUCACCGCGUGUCCACACUCUGGGGUCUCCAGAGACAGGCGUUCGGGUGGGUUCUGUGGUCUUCGAGUUCAGACUUCUUUGUUCUUUUUAAUUGAGAGGUUUGAUUUGGAAGUAUUUCGUGGAACUCGAAAGCCCUCAGAGUGGAAGUAUAAUCGUGUUGGGGGGGUGCCAAGUAGGACCGGAAGCUGCAGGUUGGAGUUGUUGAACGAAUCCUGAUUCAUUCUCACGAUGGCCACUGCUCAGCUCUCUCACAACCCCAGAACACUGAAGGCAUCUAAGAAAACAAUUUUCCCAUCCCAAAUCACGAAUGAGCGUGAGUCACUGGUGAUGGUGAAGAAACUCUUUGCCACCUCUAUCUCGUGUAUAACGUAUCUGAGGGGCCUGUUUCCAGAGAGCUCUUACAGAGAUCGCUAUUUGGAUGACCUCAGUUUAAAAAUUCUCCGGGAAGACAAAAAGUGUCCUGGGUCAUUACAUAUUAUUAAAUGGAUUCAAGGUUGUUUUGAUGCUUUGGAAAAGAGAUACCUGCACAUGGCGGUGUUAACACUUUACACAAAUCCCAAGGAACCGGAGAAAGUGACUGAGAUAUACCAAUUCAAAUUCAAAUACACAAAAAAGGGAACCAGUAUGGACUUUGACAGCAGCAGCACGAGCUUUGAAAGUGGGGCACACAGUAAAGAUGUUAAGAAAGCCUGCUCCCUACUCAUCCGCCAGUUGUAUGUCCUGAUGCAGAACCUUGGACCCCUUCCUAAUGAUGUCAUACUCACUAUGAAACUCCACUAUUAUAACUCAGGUUCAAAGAAUGAAUUUUGUGCACAUUGAGCCAAGUUUUGAAAGCACCAGGAAGAAGAGGAAGGUCAGCGAACCAGUGACAAUCCUCAUUCCAAACAGAAAAUGAAACAGGUGCCUUUGCUACGCCUGUUUGCAAAAACAUGAAAUGUCGGAACAGGAGUCACCAAAACUUUUUCCCAAAGUUUUUGCUCAAUUUUUGACUCAGUUUGUGAAGGGGCUAAGCUAUUGAGCAGGUCCUGGGGUCGCUUCUCCAGAAGGAAACAAGAUCACCAGAGCUGCCUUGGCAUGGCAUUAUCUCACGGCCGAGUUAGAGAUGAGACACGCUUUGUGUUUGCACGAAAACCCAGCAGUUAUUUUGGGAAGAAAUAGCUGCUGUUCUUAAAGAAAAGGCUUUUCUUUACAUAAUUCAGUUCUCCAGGUAUCUCGACUGCUGUGAACUACUCUGACUUGUUAUAACCUGUGUGUGGGAAUCCUUCUGUAGCUUUAGUAAAGCUCACACACACAGAGCGGCAUAGGACGUCUGAAGGUGCUUAGCCCAGUGUGAGUUAAAUGUUGACUUCAGUCUCCAGGUUGAUGAGGAGCGUGCAGGUCCAGAUGCCCUCCCUGUAAACGUCCUCAGCUCUGCCCCAGGCCCUUUUGUUGGCCAAUCCCAAAAGCUGACGUGCAGUUCAGGGGCCUGGUUCCCUUGUAAGACCUAUGUUGAGUAUUUUCCCCCAAAUACCUGAGUUUAUCAGUCUGUAACUUGCAGGUGAUGCUAUUUGUCCCCCUCCAUAUUUUGGAAGAAUUUUGAUAGGCUUAAUGAUUAAUGUAAAAUGAAUAAUAAAUGACUUAAAGAAUU